UCGGCAACUUGGCUCGCCUCUCGGCCAAAACAGUUGCGACGCGACUAAUAAACGUAACGGACGUGCGAGCGCUGCCAAAAAAAAAACAACAAACUAAAAAUUUCUGAAAUAAUAUAAAGAAAUUAAAAAAAUUAUUACAAAAAAAAAAAUUAAUAAAUGGUUUUUAAUAUUCAGUGAAAUAAAAAUCGAAAUAAUUUAAAUAAUAAAUUUUCGAAACGCGUGCCGAUAUUUCAUUUGUGUCGAGUUCUCAGUUCGUCGUCAACUCUUGAACACAACGAACGUGCGAUAUAUUUUUUGAAUCAAGACAGUGUUUUCAAAUAAAUAAAUUCGCUGCAGCCAAGAGAGCAGAAAGCCACUUGGAGCCAUGUUUAUGCCACGACGCGUUUAAGCCAAUUAACGAAAUGGCCAAUGAAUAACGUAAAUUCAGUUGAAAAACGAAACGAAAUCGCGCAAACAAUUGUAAUUUGUUUAAAUUGUUAACUGUCAUUGUAUCUGACGGUUUUCAUUCAUCGCGAGUGUGUGAAACAAACAAACCAAAAGAAACAAUAACUAAAAUGUCUUACAUUUUAUUUAAUGCAAUUCUGAAAGAAAUCCUAAAUUAAAAAACUACGUUGAGUGCUGUUAACACAAUCAGCUUUUAAGUUGGGCCACAACUUUUCCGGCGUUUUCUUUUCAAGCGCAUUGAAAUGCAACAUUUAUUUGACGCGAACAAUUUACGUGCUCUUUGGCCAAGGACAUUUGGAUAUCCUUACACUUACAAUUUGCGUUAACCAUCUUCAAAAGUUGUGGCGUGGUCGAGCAUCAAAGUUUUAUUUCGAUUUUGAAUUAUUAUCGAAAAAGCAAAACAACAAAAUUAAAUUUUUAUAAUUAAAAAAAAAUAAUAAUCUCAAAAUAUAUUAAGUGCUAAUACAAUUUAUAUAACAAAUAUAUCAAAAUGGCAAUGGAAUGGAUAACUGCCAUGGACAAACGUCCUUGUGAUCGGAACCUACGUGAUGUGGAACUAAUAUCCUGUCGGUUGCGUCGCGUGGAGCCGCUGUGUCGCCUGCCAGGGUCAGCCUUGCAGCAAUUGGCCAUGUGCGGCUUCUACGAGGACUUGGAGAAGGGCGUGACACUUUUUCGCGCUGGGGAACAAGGACGGUUCUGGUAUGCGGUGUUGGGUGGCUCAUUGGAGGUGCGCUACCACGCGCAUUCCGAUGCCGAUGGCAAGAGCUCCGUCACUUUGUGUAAUCUUGGCGUGGGCGCCACAUUUGGCGAAUCAAUACUACACGACUUGCCACGCGACAGCACCGUGGUAACAAAGACAACCUGCGAGUUGUUGCGCGUCGAGCAGCAGGACUUUCGACUCAUCUGGGAGAAAAACAAGGAGUUGAUGAAUGACAUUAUCACCAAUUGCAAAUUAAAGAAUGGUUUUGGUCCUGGUGUACAGCCCGCAGCUGCCACAUCCCCAACAAAACGCCCAUUGAGUCCGGAUCAUCCAAAUCCAGCGCUGCCCAUAACCGAGACGCCGAGUCCUGCUAUGAACCGCAUGGGCUGGGCAUUGCGAACAAUAUUGGUAGUCGAUAACUCAAGCUGUUUGAAGGAUCGCAAGGUAUCGGGCAAGCUAAUUCGCAAGUGUGCUCCUGGCACGGAACUUGUCGAUUGGUUGGUCAACUUGGCGCCCAUUGUUCACACACGCGCCCAGGCGGCGGGCAUGUGGCAAGCGCUCCUCGAGGAAGGUGUACUGACGCAUGUCAACAAGGAGCAGCCGUUCAAGGAUAAAUGCUUUCUGUAUCGAUUUCGAUUGGAUGAGGAGGGAGGUGCACCGGCAGCAGGGAUACCACAAGCUGAGGAUCUCAAUGCAGCUAAUGAGCACAUACGUGAGGCAUUAAGUGCACUCUUUCAACGUGGCCCAGAUGCCACAUUGCGUAUGAUAUUGCGCAAGCCUUCACAUGAACGCACACCCGAAGAACUGGAGCUGGUAUUUGAGGAACUCGUGCAUAUCGCAGCCCUCUCACAUUUAUCGACCAGCAUUAAACGAGAGUUAUCCUCGAUAAUUGUAUUCGAAGCCCACGCCCAGGCGGGCACAAUAUUAUUCAAUCAAGGCGACGAGGGACGCUCUUGGUAUAUAUUACUCAAAGGCUCCGUGGAUGUUGUGAUACAUGGCAAAGGGACCGUUGCCACUCUGAAGACUGGCGAUGAUUUUGGCAAAUUGGCUUUGAUAAACGACGCACCCAGAGCUGCCACAAUCGUUUUGAAGGAAAACAAUUGCCAUUUAUUGCGCGUGGACAAGGAGCACUUUAAUCGCAUCCUGCGUGAUGUGGAGGCCAAUACACUAAGAUUGCAGGAGCACGGCAAGGAUGUUUUAGUACUCGAGCGUGUGGCCAAACAACGUGGACAGCAUUCCGCAUUCAAAUAUACCGUGAUGUCGGGCACACCAGCCAAAAUGCUGGAACAUUUACUUGAGACACGUCUCGGACAGACGGUCAGCGGCAUGGAUCCAUUUCUCGAUGAUUUCCUGCUCACACACAUUGUCUUUAUGCCUGUCGUGCAGCUCGUUGAUGAACUGGCCAACUACUUUCAUUGUGAUGCCCACGAGGAGGCGCAAACGCCGGAGGAUCGGGAGUAUAUCAUCAACUUUAAGAAACGUGUAAUACAAUUCAUGCAGAAAUGGGUCAUGGCAGUCCGACAUGCCGCCUUCGAGGAGCCAAGUGUCUGCGAUUUUAUCGAGGAUCUGGCAGCUGAGGUCGAAGCAGAUCCCGAUUUAAAUGAGGAGGCAAGCAUCAUACACAAUGUGCUCACACAAAUGGCACGUUAUCAGGAGGAUCGUAAUCAGAAUGCCGGACAGAAGUGGAAAUUGCCAACGAAUGGACAACCAAUUUGUCUAUUUAGUGGCAAUGCGACGCCCUCAAAGACCGUCAUACGACCCGAUGAUGAUAUCAUUUUCCGUGUCUAUUGCGCCGACCACACCUAUUGCACACUCCGUUUUCCCAUGCACACUACGGCGGAGUUAAUCAAGGCAUGUGCUGCCGACAAAUUGCAAUUGAAUCGUGGUCCCGAUGACUUGUGCCUCGUUGAGGUCAAAUCGAAUGGCGAACGUUCCGUAUUCAAGGAUAACGAUGUUAGCAUACCCACGGGCCUAACGCUCAACGGACGUUUGUUUGUCUCCGUCAAGGAUCAUCUGGAUGCCUUGACGCAGCUGCCGGAACAGGAAUGCCCCACAGAUGGUGUCGACGUCGAUUUGGAAAUCUUGAGCACCAAAGAACUCGCCUAUCACAUCACAAUCUUUGAAUGGGAUUUGUUCUGGGCGGUGCACGAGUACGAGCUGCUCUAUCACACCUUUGGCCGACAUCAUUUUGGCAAGAUAACUGCCAAUUUGGAUGUGUUCCUGCGUCGCUUCAACGAGGUGCAAUACUGGAUUGUCACCGAGCUCGUCUCCACACAAAGUCUGAGCAAACGAGUGGGAUUAGUACGCAAAUUCAUCAAGCUGGCCGCUUACUGCAAGGAGUAUCAGAAUCUAAAUGCCUUCUUUGCCAUCGUCAUGGGUCUCUCAAAUAUGGCCGUAACUCGACUGCAUCAGACUUGGGAGAAGAUACCGUCGAAAUUUCGCAAGAUCUUUCAAGAAUUCGAGGCUCUCAUCGAUCCCAGUCGCAAUCAUCGAGCCUAUCGUGUAUUUGUGGGCAAAUUGCAGCCGCCAUUGAUUCCAUUUAUGCCGCUGCUGCUCAAGGACAUGACCUUUGCCCACGAGGGCAACAAAACGAGUCUCGAUGGUCUGGUCAACUUUGAGAAAAUGCACAUGAUGGCCCAGACAAUGCGCACCAUUCGCUUUUGUCGCUCGCGUAGUUUGGGUCUGGAGCCACCAUCCCCCAAAAGUGAGGGUGAGGUACGUUCGUACAUCAGCAGCUUUCGUGUGAUUGACAAUCAGCGUGUGUUAACCGCCAUGUCCCAGAAAGUGGAGCCGACCAGGAAGCUUAACUAAAUACCCAUCAAAAGUUAUAUAGAUUAUUUAAAUUAGAGCGUAAUUAGUGUCUAUAAAAGAGUAUUUAGCGGGGUUAAUAGAAGCCCCAACCCCAAAAAAAAAACACUUUAAAUGAAAAACUAUAAUUAGCUGCACAGUUAUGAGCUUAGCUGAGUUGUUUUUAGCUGCCCCGCAGACAACCAACCAGUGCAUUCGGAAAACUUAGCGCCUAAAAACCCCGCACUAAUAAGCUAACUUUAUUUAUAUUAGCCAGAUACUAAGUAAUAUUUAUGUAAGCUUAGCGAGAGUGUAAAUUUCAACAACAACAAACAAGAAGCGAAACAAAAUAACUAUCUCCAAAUUUUUCAAGUGAACUGAAUCUGCAUUUUAUUGCAGCAAAUUCUGUUAAACUUUUUGAUUUAGUACAAGCAAAAUAAACAAAAGUUUGGCAAAAAUGGGGAAGGCGAAUUCCUAACCCAAUGAACAAAAUAAAUAUAAAUAAAAUGGGCGUGUGUGAUACUAAACAUUUAGAGAAAGCAACAACAACAAGAAGAAAAAAUGUGUACUAAACUAUAUCCUGCAACUUUACUAAAUAUGUGUGAAUAUACAUAGCGAAUAACCAUUGAAUAAAGUCAUGGCUAAUCUCCACUCGAACGAAAGAGAGCAAAAGAGACAGAAAUAAAUGGAAAUUAUUUUUAUAAAAAAAAAAA